CAGUGGGCCUCACGUGCUGUUCGCUGUAUAAACCCGCUGCACUUGGCACAAGAACUUCCUUUUCUCGGCCGAGUGUGAGUGGUCCGGUUGCGUUAGUGGCAGGGGUUGGGGUGCUGAGGGGAAAGCCAGAGUAGUCAUGCAGGACCCUGAUGGGGGCAUAGAUGGGAGAGCAGGGCCUGAAGAAGGCGAGGAUGGGCAGCAGGGUCCUCAAGCACCCGAAGCCCAGGCUAGCUCUCAAAGUUCGGCGACCGAAGGUGACCAUGGCAGCUCCCCUCAGAGUGGCCCACAAGAUUCCAGUAGCCCAGCUGCUCCUGGUAGCCAGGCUGCUCCAGGCAGCCCCAGCCCAGGGAGUCCUGUAGGGUCCGGUGCAGCCGCUGAAGAGGCGGCUGUCGUUCCCCACAGCGAGCAGCCACCACUUGUCCCUGGACCCAGCGGAGAUACUGCAUCAACAACUGGAAAUCGACUCCUGGAGUUCUCUGUAACAGUGCCUUUCAGGUCUGCAGUGGAGGCAGACAUGGCCCGCAGAUCCCUGGUCUCCAAUUCCCGUCGCCAGCAAGUGAUGGUUCAGCAGGAGCUCACAGUGAAUGACAGUAUCUUGUCUGUUAGGUGGACUACUGAAGACCCUGUCCUCUUCAGAAUUUCCAUCAACACUUUCCUUGACCAGCUCUCCCUGGUGAUGAGAAACAUUCAGCGCCUGGAGUUUGUUGCUGUUGUCAAACGAGGACGAAGAAGAAGCCGUGAAUCAUAACGUGUUGCCAGAUACAAGAAAAGUCAGAGGCGUUUCAUGUUUUGAGUAAUUGUUAUUUUGCCCAUAAAGGUUCAGUGUUUCAAUUCUGUGUGCCACGUAUUAGUCUCAUGGUUGGAUUGUUUCCCAGUUGCUGAAGGAGUGGGUGUUUAAAUGUUAUUGGACAAAAUAAAAAUUAGCAAAUA